UCAGAGAACGAAGACAAGAGAAGCUGCAAGAUCCUACCUCAGCACCGGGUCGUGGAUGAAGAACAGUCCCAGAAUGACUCUGACAGCAUACAGAGAGAAACUGAGAGAGCUCCCCCUGGCGGCCUUCUUCUGUUCCUGCAUUCUGCCUGAACCCAGAGAACCCAGAGCUGACAAGAAGGAAGGCAUCGUGGACCUGAACCUGUGUAACAUCCGAGACAUGGAGGUCAUUGAGCUGAGCAAAAGAGCAAGUGGCCAGGCUUUUGAGGUCAUCCUGAAGCCCCCUACCUUUGAUGGGGGCCCUGAGUUGAGGGCCACCACGCCACCUCGCCAGAAACCAUCACUGGAGGAAAUCCAGAAGAAACUAGAUGCUGCUCAGGAGAGGAGGAAGUGUCUGGAGGCAGAGCUGCUGAAGCACCUGGCAGAGAGGAGGGAGCAUGAGCGAGAAGUCGCUCAAAAAGCUCUGACCAAAGAACAUCAGGAGCAUCGUGUGCAUGCCCACCACGAGCAGCGACAAAUGCUCCUGAAUGCCUCACAAGAAGAAGAGGACGAGCACAUUGUGGAGGUGUCCUGAUGGCCUGAUCACAACACAAGCUGAACUCUCUCCAAAGCCUUUUUUGACCUGAUCGACACGUCAGGAAGCCGGCGCUGCUCUGACUGGAAGUCUGACAGAACGUCACGCUAAAACAACAGAGUGAAGAAGACGAGAAAGAUGAGGACUUGGGGUGGACCGGAUCUCUUGAUCUUUGCAGAACCAGAACUAUUUUAAACAGACAACAAGAAACAAGCUGCAGAUUCAGACGUCACAAAAUGCAUGCAGAGGUUUUACUCUGCUUUGUGCACUCUGUGGGACUGUGUGUCAUUUGAGAAAACCCAAACCUGGAGCAGGUCCAGCAGGAACCAGAACAGAACCCAACACAGCUCAAACAAGACAGCCUUGUUCUAUCUGUAAACCUGAGCUGCAUCAACCUGAUGGACAGACAGAGUCAGUCGUCUUGGUUGAACGGCACCAUGUGAUGGACCGCUCCGUCGUAGAAACCUUUAGUUUGCGGCACGUGUCAAACUCAAGGGCCAAAUAUGGUCCUUGUAAACAUCCUCUCUGGCCCCACAAUGAGAUAUUAAAUGCAAAAUAUUUUAA